CUGGGUUUGACCAUGUGACGCACAAGAGGCUGCCUCCGCCGCGCAUAAUGUCUACGCUGCCGCGCUGCUGAGCCCAGUAGGUGUGUGAGCGUGUUUCUGUGGGACACUUCGGGCCGUGGUCGAACCGAGCCGAGCCGAGCCGAGCCAAACUCCUCGCCGAAGAAAACUUGAGACGCAAAGACGAAGGAAAACGAUGGAGCUCUCGGCCAUGGGCGACCGCGUCUUUGCCGCGGAAGCCAUAUUGAAGCGCCGCGUCCGAAAGGGAAGACUUGAAUACCUGGUGAAAUGGAAGGGAUGGGCAAUGAAGCACAGCACCUGGGAACCAGAGGAGAAUAUUCUAGACGACAGACUCAUACUCGGAUUUGAGCAAAAGGAACGAGAGAGGGAGCGCAGUGGUCCGAAAAAACGGGGACCGAAACCCAAAAACCUCGCCACAAGGACGCAGCCGACACUGCGAGAACCAUGCAGCCGAUCCACAAAGCCCCGCCGGACGACGUCACACUCUUCCUCUGUGACCCCUUCCUCCUCUACCUCACCUCAUCCUCAAGCAUCUUCCUCUUCCUCGAGUCUGGCUCCUUCUCCAAAGCUCAACUCCCUGGCGGCCACCCACAAGCUGAAGAAGGACAUCCAUCGUUGCCACCGCAUGUCCCGCCGGCCUCUGCCUCGCACAGAUCCCAUGUCCUUCUCCAGCCCCGGCGGCUUUCCGUCUCGCCCUCACGCCUCCCCUUUCUCCGAGACCGUCCGCAUCCUCAACCGCAGGGUCAAGCCCCGCGAGGUGAAGAGGGGUCGUAUCAUCCUCAAUUUGAAGGUGAUCGACAAGCCGAGACGCGGCGGCUCGAGUGGAGGAGCCAGGAAUCUUCCGGGUGGACGCCACAACAUCCCGUCCCGGAAUCGCAUCAUUGGAAAGAAAGGAGAGGCUCCUUACAGACCUUUCCAGCCCCCCCUGAAGAUGCUCGGUUUCCCCAUGUAUGGAAAGCCAUUUGGGCUGCAGUGCGGAGGUCCUCUGACAUUCCACCCUCAGCCUGGGUCCUGCAACACCCAGAACCUCCAUCCAGCCCCGUCCUGCCCCUCGGCUCCCCCUUCCACCACCAGUGCCCCCAAAAGAAGGUCUCUGCCAACCACUGCUGCAGCUGAAUCCUCCAAGUCCAGUGAGGCUCCUGAAACUAGUGAAGGUCCUGUAGAACCCCAAAAUAACCCACCAUCCGCCACACCUUCUGUCUCACCUAUACCAGCAACCUCACCCUCUUGCAUGAGAGGUGAGGAAGAGGCCCCAAACCCCUCCCUGCCCCAAGAAGCGGGGGGUCAACCCGAACCCGGCAGGGUGCCUGUAGAGGGGGAUCCCGACUGGCACCCAGAGAUGGGACCCAGCUGCAAAGAUGUGGUGGUCACCGACGUCACCACCAACCUCGUUACCGUCACCAUCAAAGAGUUCCCCUCUCCUGCCUCUGGCCCCGCCUCUCCAGCUUCCGUCGCAGAAAACGGGACCUCCGAGGAGCCCGCCCUUCCCAAGCCAGCAGAGCUUAGCUCCGCCUCCUCAUCCUCUUGCGGUCUCCAUGGCAACACACGGGGAGAGCAGCUUAGCAACACGGCCAGCGACCGAGCAUCUCCAGUGCUGACUGCCCGCAGCGUCAUGAAGUUCAUGGUGGUGCUGGUGGGCGCCGGCUCCCUGGCCUUCCUCGGCGCCGUCAUCUGCAUCUUCGCCAGCGUGUACCCCCGCAAACGCGCCCUCUCUCUGGGCGACAACGGCACCCUCGCCUCGGAGAGGCUCCCGGAGCCCAGCUCGGUGGCGCACGCGGGGCCGCUCGGUGCUUUACACGGCGCGGACUCCUACGAUGGCGAGAACGGGCUGGGCGGUAUCGGCUUGGGGGUCCCCAGUCUGAACGAGCUCAACCUCGGGGAGGAGAGCGGCCGAGGCUCGGGGAAGGCGUUCAGUUACAGCCGCUUGAUCUGCACGCCGGUACCGCCGGGUGAGUGCAUGGGUAAAGACGGGCAGCAGCCGCUGGCGGACGACCCCCUGGCCGAUGACUGGACGUCUCUCAGCACAACGGCGGAGGAGCUCCGGCAGAUGGUCAUGCAGCAAAACGACCAGAUCCUCAUGGACCAGAGGACCAUCCGGGAGCUGACGGGGAAGCUGAGCGAGUGCGAGAGAGACCUGGAGGAUGACGGGCCCGGCCCCGAGCGGAGCAUCGGGGUUUGGAACGGCAACCGGAAGGUCAUGGCCGGGGAUGAUGUGAGUUCCUCGUCGGCCUCUCAGCUGCAAACAGCCCGCGCUGUGGAGGAGCUUGCCCGGGCCAUCAUGGACCUGAAAGACCGCAUUGAGAAGCUGGAGGCAGAGAUUGGCCCAGCAGCCUUGAACCUCACUGACACGACCCCAGGAACGAGCAGCGGCCAGGCAGUCAAGCCUCCCACACCUCCCACCAAAGGCUUCGUCUCCCCUGCGCCCGCACCUGCAGCAGCAGCACCACCAGGCUCCGGGGCUCGCCGCCCCGCCCCCAAACCUUCCACCAAGGGACCCCUUGGCCGUGGGAAGGGCCCAUGGAGGGUGGAGGACCUGGAGGGCGAGCUGGAGAGGAAGAUUAAAAUGCUAGAGAAGGAGCGGCAGGCCAUGAGGAAAGAGACGCAGGGUCAGUACGAGAAGAUCAACCAGGGCAUCGACACGGCCAACCACCGUGUCUCCGAGCUGGAGCACACGCUCACAGAGCCGUCGUUCCCGGACGGCUUCGUCCUGUCCUUCCCCAUGCGGACCAACUACAUGUACGGCCUGGUGAGGAAGGAGAUCACAGAGAUGUACGCCUUCACCGCCUGUGUGUGGCUGAAGGCCAAAGAAGGAGGCAUAGGAACCCCUUUCUCUUACUCGGUGCCCGGGCAACCUAACGAGCUGGUGCUGCUGCAGGGGGUCCACAACCCUGUGGAGCUGCUAAUCAACGACAAGGUGGCCCAGCUGCCGUUGUCUCUGCCUCAAGACGAGUGGGAGCACAUCUGUGUCAGCUGGACCCUGAGGGACGGCGUGUGGAAGGCCUACCAGGGCGGCAAGAUGAAGGGAAGGGGUGAAGGCCUGGCCGCCUGGCACCCGAUCAAGCCGGGGGGAGUGCUCAUCCUGGGCCAGGAGCAGGACACCCUGGGCGGACGUUUCGACGCCUCCCAAGCCCUGGUGGGGGAGCUCUCCCAGUUCAACCUGUGGGACCGUGUUUUGAAGCCCGCCGAAGUGGCCGCCGUGGCCGAGUGCAGCUCCUCCGUACUCGGCAACAUCGCCCCCUGGACCGACCUGGACGUCGACGUCUACGGCGGGGCCACCAAGGAGUCCUUAGACCCGUGCCACGCUGCUCAGAGAUCCAACCCCACGGGCCCUAAACAGUGAGAUAGUCUAGCAUGUUUAAAUCAUGCAUAAAGUGUUUUUCGGGGUGGGGUUACCACACUAACAUGAUGGAGCUAUACGGUUCUUUCGAGUUUUUCGUGUCGGUGUAUUUAGUUCUGCAGUAAGAAUGAGGUUAGUGGAAGCAGCAACCUUGUGGAUGUCAACGGGGUGACUAAACCAUACCCGACUCGUCGGGACUUAGCAGGUAAAGCUGGGGAACAGCAAGGAUCUUAAUUCACUUUAUUGUACAGUAGCUUGUGCUGAAACUGCUGAGGUGUUCUCUGAAAAAAAAAAAAAAAGUUCAGUUCUGCGUACUUGUAGCUUUUAUAUGGAAAAAGUUGCUCCCGUCGUUGGCUAUAAUACAGUAACGGUGUAUUAUUGUGUCAUGUAGCCUUGCUAACACAAUUUGUAGACCUGCAAAAAGCUUCGUAUAGAGAAAUAACCAAGUUUAAAAACACUUGACGUCAUACUGUACACUGCAAAAAACCUCUUAUGAAAUUAAAUCAUGUCUUGGCUAAAACCAGAAUGUGUGUAUUUGCAUGUAAAACGUAAGUGUCAGCGUAAGUGUCCAUUUGCCAAAGUAAAUGAAAUACAUGAUAAAUCACUUAUUCCAUCCAAACAACAGUAUGACGACCAAAUAGAACUCUAAUAUUUAUGUAUUUAUUCAACACUUUCACAAUUAACUGUGAAUCAAUACACAUGUAUUGAAGUUGCCAUUUUUCGUUUAGAUUUAUAUUUAAUAAAUAACUCAUGUGGGAAAAAAAUCUUCUUUUGGAAAUAUUAUACCUACUCUGUAAUUCAUUAGCAUUUUGUACUAAUGUACAAUUGUGUGCUAUUUUGUUUGAAUUGUAUUUACAGCAUAAGUGCUAAGCCAAGCUAGAUACAUUAGCACCAAGGCACACUACGACAUCGAAAUUCAUCUUAAUUUUGCUUGGAAAACCUGGAAAUGUUCUUAUUUUACUCCGUAUUUUAGCAGGAGUUGAACUGCGAGCUAGUUAUUGCGUUGUUAUUAACAUCUUGUGGUUGUCUCCAACAAGACAGCAGUCAUUUUGUUUUUCUUUUCCGUCAUGGACAUAUUUUGAUUUAUAAGAACAUGUACGAAAAGUGAUUCAUCCCUGUUUUGUCCAGCUGAACAAGAACACAAAACACUGUGUAGUCAAGUGUACUUUGCGCUAAAUGCUUUCUUUACCUCGUUACAUGAUACCAGGGAGUGUUUGGUCACACUGUAAAAAACAAAGAAACACGAGAAUACGGUCAAAAUAUUACUCUGUAAUAUAUGCAACAAAAAAAAUGUAUGACAUGUAAAAUGUUGAGGUAAUGUCAAAUAUUGACAAAUUUCUUUGUAAUUUUACGAUUUGUUUUCUUCUUGCAACUUCUUGAUGGAACCAAUAUAAUAUUACAAUUUCUAUGACAAUAACUGUGAAUAGUCAUGUUAAAACAUUUUUUGGGGAGUUCAAACCCCUGCCGAGUCAUACCAAAGACUAUAAAACUGGGACCCAUUACCUCCCUGCUUGGCAAUCAGCAUCAAGGGUUGGAAUUGGGGGUUAAAUCACCAAAAUGAUUCCCGGGUGCGGAACCGCUGCUGCCCACUGCUCCUCUCACCUCCCAGGGGGUGAACAAGGGGAUGGGUCAAAUGCAGAGGACAAAUUUCGCCACACCUAGUGUGUGUGUGACAAUCAUUGGUACUUUAACUUGAACUUUUUCCCUUUAAUUCAUGGUCUUAUUUUUACAUGAAACCUAAUUCUUGUAACACUUUACAAUUCUUCCUCAAAUUAUAUUUUUUACUAAGAAACUAAUUGCAUUAUUUGCAUAAUGUUACAAUUUUUUAUAUAUAUUUUAAAGUUAAAAAAAAACAAAACUAUAAUUUUUCUAUACUUUGUCUAAUUACUUUUUACUUUUUUUGAGUUGCUAAAUGAGUAAGAUUUUGUUUCCCCACUGAAUUUUAUGUUGUUUUUUUUAAUGUACAAAUGUAUUCUUGUAUCAUAAUCUUAAAAGAAGAAUAUGUAAAAUAAUAACAAAUUAUUAAAAUAAUAUCCUGUCCAAAAAGUUAGAAUUUUUUUCUUUUUGACCAACUUUUUUCCUGCAAUUUGUAAAAACAAAAAUCUGACUGUCAUGUAACAAGUAAUAUUUUAACCUUGUUCUCGGAACAUUGCAGCUCUGUUCUUUUUUUUUUUUUUUGCGUGUGUGCUGCUUUGUAUUACUCGCUGGUACCAUGAUCCCCACAUUCCUUUUGUGUUUUUUCAAGUGCCUGUUUGGGCUUGGAACGCCCUCAAUGGUAGUCUAAAACAUGUUUAUUGUUUUUUUCUACCUGUGUUCUUCUAAGUGUUGUCUUUCUUUGCACCCUUUUAAUGCAAUUGCUCUUGUGAAAUCGGUGGAUGAAACGUAAUAAAACUGAAUAUGAUGAUAA